AUGAAGUUCUCCGCCGUAUUAGCCCUCUCCGCCGCCGCCAUGGCCUCGGCCAAGUCGGCCCGCAACAGCUACCCCGUCCGCCGCGAUGGUCACAAGGCAGCCGCCGCCGCCGCCGCCGCCGAACCCGCCGGUCUCCCCUUGGGCAUGACUGGAUUCGGUGUUUCCAACAGCCAGGUUACUGAGGUCAUCAUCAUCUGGGCCAACCCCGGUGCCGGCGCUCCCACGAUCAACAUCAACCAGCCUGCUGGUGGUGCCGCCGCCCCUCCCGCCGCCGCCCCUCCAGCCGCCGGCACUCCCGCCGCCCCCGCCCCCCCGCUGCGCAGGCCACUCACCAACUUGCUGACUCUCUCACUCAAGGUUACCGUUGGUGGCCCCGCUGGCCUCGCCUUCACUCCCGACCAGAUCAAGGCCAACGUCGGCGACAUGGUUGUCUUCACCUUCAUGAGCCAGAACCACACCGCCACCCAGUCCAGCUUCGCGAAGCCCUGCGACCCUCUCGCCGGCGGCAUGAACUCUGGCUUCAUGGCCAACCCCAACAACUCCGUUAGCCCGCCUCCCCAGGUCGCCAUGCAAGUCAUGGUUUCCGAGCCUUUGUGGUUCUACUGCGCCCAGGCCGGCCACUGCGGAAAGGGCAUGACUUUCUCCAUCAACCCCACCGCCGAGAAGAGCCAGGCCCUCUUCCAGUCCAUGGCCAUCCAGCAGAAGGGCAACGGCGCCCCCAGCGCCAUCACCGGAGGCACUCCCCCCGCUGCUGCGCCUGCCGCUCCCGCCGCCUCUUCCGCUGCCGCCGCCGCCCCUGCCGCUCCCGCCGCGGGCGGUAACGUCCAGCAGGGCACAGGACAGGUCAACGGCGUCGGUGCCUGCGUGUGUGCCGUCACCUGCUCCGCCGGCUCGUUCCCCGCCGUCAACGCGCAAGGCGUUGGCUCCUUUGGCGGCAUGGCUGGUUCUCUCCCCAUGAACAUGAUGGAGGCAUAA